AGCCGUGGGGCUGUCGCCAUCUCGCCAUGGCUCGCGAGUUCGAGUUGUGCCCCGGGCGGCGCGUCGGCGGCGACCAGCCCUGCUUCAUCAUCGCCGAGAUCGGGCAGAACCACCAGGGCGACCUGGACAUCGCCAAGCGCAUGAUCCGCAUGGUCAAGGACUGCGGAGCAGACUGUGCUAAGUUCCAGAAGAGUGAACUGGAGUACAAAUUCAACAAGAAAGCCUUAGAAAGGCCCUACACCUCUAAACACUCCUGGGGAAAGACUUAUGGGGAACACAAGCGCCACUUGGAGUUCAGUCAUGACCAAUAUAGAGAGCUAAAGAAGUAUGCAGAGGAGAUUGGCAUUUUCUUCACAGCUUCUGGCAUGGAUGAGAUGGCUGUGGAAUUUCUACAUGAACUGGAUGUUCCAUUUUUCAAAGUAGGAUCAGGAGAUACAAAUAAUUUUCCAUAUUUGGAAAAGACUGCAAAGAAAGGUCGCCCAAUGGUGAUUUCCAGUGGGAUGCAGUCGAUGAGCACAAUGCAUCAGGUUUACCAGAUUGUGAAGCCCAUAAAUCCAAACUUCUGCUUCCUGCAGUGCACCAGCGCGUACCCGCUUCAGCCAGAGGACGUCAAUCUCCGUGUUAUAUCGGCAUAUCAGUCAGCUUUUCCUGAUAUCCCCAUUGGCUACUCGGGGCACGAAACUGGCAUAGCCAUUUCAGUGGCAGCUGUUGCUAUGGGUGCUAAAGUACUGGAACGCCAUGUGACUCUCGACAAAACAUGGAAAGGAAGCGACCACCAAGCAUCUCUGGAGCCAAAUGAGCUGGCAGACUUAGUGAAAGCCAUCCGUACUGUGGAAAAAGCAAUGGGUUCUCCAAUCAAACAGCUCUUGCCCUGUGAAAUGGCUUGCAAUGAAAAGCUGGGAAAGUCGGUAGUAGCAAAAGUAGCAAUUCCUGAAGGUGCAGUAUUGACACUUGACAUGCUGACAGUGAAGGUGGGAGAGCCAAAGGGAUUUCCUCCAGAAUGCAUCUUUGACCUCGUGGGCCAGAAGGUUAAAAGAAGUAUUGAAGAAGAUGAAACCAUCACUGAGCAAGCAGUGGAAAAUCACGUAAAAAAAGUGAAGUGCUAAACCAAAGCACUCCAUUCCAUAUUUCUCAAUGUACUACCAUGCAAUGUGGUUGAGAAUAGCAGCAUGGUAGAUUAGAAGAAAGGGGUGUAAUUAUGAGGGUACAAACAGGAUAGAAUUUUCAGGGUCUUGUUAGCAGGAAGUUUCAGAAGCAAAGGGGAUAUAAAUUAUGAAGAUUUUAUUAGAAACUGUAUAGCAUUGUGCCUAGGAAAUGCCAUGAUCCUCUCUUCUCCAUUUCACUUAAUCUAGAUUAAUUUGGAGUUCUGCCAAAUAAAAGACCACAGUCUGCUGCUUUCCAGCUUCCCUUUUCUGUUAAGAAUACAGUAAAUUAUGAGAAUUUUGUCUACACUUUGAAUUGCUCUAGCCCUGUGUUAUGGUUUGACACUGGCACAAUGCCAGUGCCCUUAUGAGAAUACCCUCUCCCUGGUUUCUGCUGUGAGAUGUGACCAGGAAUAAGCAAAGCAGGUUCUCACUUAGGAAAAAAAAAAUUAUUAACUAAACUACAAGGGAAAGGAAAAAAAAAAAAGGAAACACAUAAGGAAAAUGAAAACUUCACAAACACAUCUCCUCUUCCUCUCCACUAAAUUCUCAAUACAGUACAUCCUCAAAUCAUCAACUCUCAGUCCGGCACUACCUUUUAGAAUACUGAGUCUUCAGUUUAUCAAGAGGAGAAGGAGUCUUUCUUGUGCCAAUGGUGACUUCUUUUCAUGUCCAGCACUCUCACUACUGAACACGGACCAGAGCUGCUUCUAGGGUCGACUUUUAAGGAUGCUUCAUUCCACUCUAAAAAGGCACAGUCUCAACUUUGGGACAUCUGUUCCCCCCAUAUUUUUCAUCCCCUGGGGCCGAGGAGCACCAACACUGAACCCUCUUGGUCCUGAGGCAUUGCCUCCCCCUAGAAUGCAGUCCCUGUAUCACAAGGAACAUGGUUCUGUCCAUGGCUAUACAAAAAGAGUCCAGCAAAAGCCACUCCAUCAUCUCUUCCCACUAAGAUUCUUCUCUAUUAUUCCAACAUCUCUCACUUGCCCAGACCUCUCUCACACUUGCCCCUUUCUUUCUUCAUCUUCUACUCUAUCUUUCUUCUAGGAAAGGUUAUUGUUCUGUAAAGUUUUCAUUGACUGAAAAGAGGUUAAAAGCUCCUACAAGCGGCCGGCUGCACCUCCCCCUUCUUCUCCGUCCCAGCCGUGCUGCCGGCACAGGCCCAUGUUUAUCCAGUUUCAAGGUUACAGUCUCAGGCACUGGCUCUCUCUCUCUUUCUGUGUCUCUCAGGGGGGGCUGCCCGAUGGCUCCCGGUGUCUCUCUCUGUCUUCCACCCUUCCACCCCGGGGCUCAGGCCUACCUCUCUCGGCCACAUGGCUUUUCCCCUCCCCCUGCCCAGCCAGCAGCUGGGCCGGGGGAGAGAUCCGAACUCUUUCCCGCCCGGAAACCCAAAAGGACCCUCCCAGGGGAGAGCCCUGCUUUUAACCCCGUGUUCUCAGAGUCGGAUCCAUGUCCUAAAUGGCCACAUUAAGUGCCAAUAUUAAAAUCUAAGCACCAAUUAGCCUCACCACAGCAUCCCAGAAAACAUAUUUCCUGUCAAACCACCACACCCUGUAUCUUUCGAUACGCCUCUCUUUUCUGCCAUUUGCCUCACCUGUGUGAUAGCAGGACUCUGGUUGGAGUUGAAUACAGAUAAGUGAAGGUUUACAAUGAACAGAAAACUUCAAAUGCAACCUGGAUGGAUUUUUUUUUUAAGAUGAAAAAGUGUCAUGAUAAAGCAUUGGGUUGCAGCAACCUGUAUUCUGUGGGAAAAUGGGCUUCAUGAGAAAGCUAAUUUCUCAAGAGACAGUACUAGGAAAGGAAGCAUAGGGGUAUUUAGAAAGGUCCCAUUUAAGGAGCAAGAGAGCCUUUUUUGAACUGAAAGGCCAAAAGGCAUGCCAGAGAGAUUGAGGAGGGAAGAAAAGUAGAUCUGAGAUGAAUCAGUGGAAAUAAGUUUAACUUAUGCUUCAGAAAUUCUGAAAAGCAUCUAUUGCAAGUUGAGUGAAGUCUGGAAUAUUAAGUCGAUUCUGCAGAGCGGAAUUGGGGGGGGGGGCAACUUCUCAGGUAGGAAGCCAAAUGCUGGUGAAAUUUGAGCAGGUUUUUUUUUUCUGUCCUAGCCAGAAUCCUCUACAUUGGGAUUUUUCUCCCAAAACUGGUGUGUGAGAUCGCUGAGGCUGACUGCCUGACUACAUCACACCAUUAUGCUUCAGCAUGAUGGCCAGUACAUGAUUUGUGUGGUCUGCUCUUGCAUCCCAGCUUCUCACUUUUCAAGUGAGAAAUGCAAUACCACUCCUAUUGCCUGCUGCUUUUCCCUUUGACCAGAAGGGAGCUGUAUAGCCGCAGCUGCAAGCCAUUAAUUCUUCAAGUACCUUGCUUAGGACAGAACUGCUUUGCAAUAAUUAAUCUUUUUUCUGUGGUGGAAUCAUUUACUAGUGAUGGUUACUUGGAACUUGCUGCCUUUUUGUCAUGAGUUGGUGGAAGUAUCUUGAAUUUGGUGGUGAGUGGUUUUGUACCUAUAAACUGUUUACUUUCAAAAUGUGCAAUUCUGAGGAAACUGUAUUCAUAUCUUUAUAAGGGGAAGCAGAGGUUGAGUCAUAUACUUGACCAUAUAUGGUCAAGUGAUCUGUGACUGAUGCAGUAUGCUCGCCUUACAUUAAAAAACUACUUAAUUGUUAAAAGAUUUUUUUUUUCAUUUCAAAUUUGAAAAAUAAAUUUAGCUUAUAAAACAA